AGUCUGUAUUGAAGUCUUCCUUUUCCUGUAUUGUUUCCAAACGUGUCUAUCGUUUUUUGGAUUCAGUUGUCUUAAAUUCAACAACAGAUCCUCCCGAAGAUUAUGAACGAAGAUUGGACUGAGUCCACCGCUGUGGCCACUGGUGCCGAACCUAUUGAAAUCAAACUGUUUGGUCGCUGGAGUUCGAGCGAUGUCCAGGUGUCGGACAUCUCGUUGACGGACUAUAUUGCCGUCAAAGAGAAGUACGCUCGGUAUUUGCCGCACAGUUCUGGUCGAUACGCGGCCAAGCGAUUCCGCAAAGCCCAGUGUCCUAUUGUCGAACGGCUGACCAAUUCGAUGCAAAUGCACGGCCGAAACAAUGGCAAGAAGCUGUUGGCCGUCCGUAUUGUCAAACAUGCAUUUGAAAUCAUUCAUUUGCUUACUGGCGACAAUCCGCUCCAGAUUCUCGUCAACGCUAUCAUCAAUAGCGGACCGCGUGAAGACUCGACACGUAUCGGUCGAGCCGGUACUGUCCGUCGUCAGGCUGUCGAUGUGUCGCCAUUGAGACGCGUCAAUCAGGCCAUCUGGUUGUUGUGUACCGGCGCUCGUGAGGCUGCCUUCAGGAACAUCAAGACUAUUGCUGAAUGUUUGGCUGACGAACUGAUCAAUGCUGCAAAGGGCUCAUCUAACAGUUAUGCCAUCAAGAAGAAGGACGAAUUGGAAAGAGUAGCCAAAUCUAAUCGUUAAUUACUUUAAACAAUAAUUGAUUGAAUGUGUAAUACGUUAUUAAUAAAGUAAUGACACAAAUAAAUUGCGAUAAUUUUUUGAAGA